UAUUUUCAAAUUUCGUAUGGUGGUGGUUAUGGCAUGGAUAUGUUGGACAAAUGCUUGGAAACAAACAAUUUUGGUGUGGACAAUAUGAUUUUUGAUUAUGACGAGCAACCAAAAAAAAUUGAUGUAGCAAUACAAAGUUAUGAAAAUAAGUUAGAUCCAAUAAAAUCGGAAUUCCAUCAAACUAAAUUUCAAGUUUGUAUUAAAGCAUUGAAAAAAAACUAUCUUGUUACGGAAAAGAUUAUGAUUUUCAUUGAACCACGACACCCAGAGCUAAUCGGAAAAUUAUCAAGAUCAUAUUUCAGAGUCCAAAUAAUCGGUUCCCGAAUAUUUUCACCACAGCGCGUUAAAUCAACCAAUUCCAGUUUUCUAAUCUAUGAAUCUUUACUACAAGAUCCAGGUCGUUACACCCUCCAGGUUCGAUUAAUGUUUUACGACUAUCCCAACAUAUAUUCACUUGAAACUGUUGAUCCGAAUCAUUAUCCUAAUAUCAAAUUAAUUGACGAACCCAUUGUUAACGGUAACUGGAAUUUCCGAGUGAGUCCAAAAAGAAAUUGGAAAUGGUUGAACCCCAAAUUGCCUAAAACUUGUGACGGAAUUAAUUACUUGACUGGACGAUGGACCAAUGAUCUAAAGAUAUUCCUCCCAUACAAAUGCCAAAUUCCAAAAUACGAAUUUUUUGAUUUUCCUGAAGCGCUUCAAAUAAAUGAUAAAUUUAGGUAUAGUUGGAUAAGAUUUCUGGGAGAUUCGAAUUUAAUAGCGUUAUUUCAAGUACUCAUGAACCGAAUUGGAGCAAAAUGCAUCAAGACACUUGAAAAUACCAAUCAAAAAAUUCAAUAUGUUUGUACAUUAACCUAUGAUAUGGAGAAAUCGAACAAUAAUACACUUCCACGUGAAUUAGUUUUAACGAACGAAUUGUACUUUCCUGAAAGUUCCAAUGAUCUAGAAUCUUUAUUAAAUUCCGCAUUUUCAGAAAAUUGUCAGCCAUUUAAGGAAUGUAAAGAUAAGUUUCAAUGUGGUAUCACUAAAUUUCAUUCGACUGAAUCGACAGAAAUUUGUAAGGCAAAAACAGCAGAUUACGUAUUCGUUUCUAUAGGGUCACGUACUUUAGAAUGGAGUUAUUCGCGUAUGGAUGAGUAUCUUAAAAGAAUUUUCUCAAAUAUUCAAGAAAAUCAAUCGAAUGGGAAGAUAACAUUUAUGACAACAAAUGCAAUGAAUGUUCAUAAUAUUCCUAAAGAAUAUGGGAGUCAGUAUUUGAUUCGAAAUAAUUUUAGGAUUGAUAAAAUUAACAAAUUGUUGAGAAAAUAUUUGACUCAAAACAACACGGAAAUGGUUGACUUAAUCGACAUUUGGUCAACCACGCAACCAAUAUGGGAAUUUUCCAGGGAUGCAAUACAUUAUUACAGAAAUGUUUAUGACGUUCAAGCUCAGUUAAUCAUUGAUAAAUUGAUUGAGAGGUUAAACAAAUUAUAG